UACGAACGAGUCGAACUCGACCAGCUACAACUCAUCUUCAGCGCUAGAAAUGAGGGCGGAAGUGAAUACGGGCCACACUGCCACCAGCAAUAAGCAACAGGAGACGGAGGCUACCACCUCGAACGGCACAUCCACGCCAACGACGAGUUUUUCGAUUCAACAGGUGGGGCCUACCACUGGGGGCGACUACACCGAAGUCUACUGUCCCGCGAACACGAGGAUCAUUGGGGGUGGCUGUGAAUCGACGGGGACUCCAAUGAUGCCGCUCUCGCAGAACAGGCCGUUC